AAAAGGGACAAAUCUAGCAUGAACAGUGUCACAAAAAGACAAAUAGCACUAUUCACAAUUGAAUUUGUCUUCUUUGUUUCUCUGUGCGCAUUUCGAAUUUGGGAUUGAAAAUUUUGGAGAUUGUAGACUCAUGUUGUGAACAUUCAGAGUUUUAUGUUUUCAUUGUAUCAUGGUAUGACGAUCAUGCAGAGCAUGCAUGCACAGCACAGGAAACGAAGUCGAGUCAACGAACCAAGCGCCAUACGGCUAGAUCUACGCAGAACGAGUAUGUAAGUGGGCCCCGACGACUAAGUUAAGCCAGGAAAUCAUGAAACACACGAUCUAGCGGGCUGACCGGCGGUGUGCCCCUCCACUCCACCACCACCCGCCACCGCGACCUUACCCGGCCACCUCACUAUAUACCGGUACUGCGCUAGCUAGACGUACUACGUCCUCCCCAUUCGCUCCAAGGCGUUCGAAUUUGUGUGCACCGGCCGGCGAGCGCCAUGUCCCAAGCGCCGGACGCCGAGCCCGACGAGCGCACCGGCUUCACCUGCGGCACGCUGCUCACGUGCUUCUGCCUCCCAGGAUUCUCCAAGAAGAAGCCGGAGGAAACCGGCGAGAGCCAGCAGGAGCAUCCAGCGGCGCCGGAACAAGACCGGCGCACGGAGCAGGAACCCCCGCAGGUGCUGCUAAGCCGCGCGGCGUCCCUGGAGAAGCUCGAGUGCUCCUCGCUCUACUCCGGCAGCAACAUCGUCUUCGACUUCCUGGUGGAGGCGGGGGAAGGGGACGACCGUGGCGCCCGGGCGGUCCAUGGAUACUGCCCGUCGCCGUGCUUCGACCUGCCGGUGGAGCUGAUACGGGCCGGCGAGCGAUGCGGGGCCGUCGCCAGCGACGCGCCGGUCACGUCCGCCUUCGUGUUCGACGGCCACCGAGAUGGCGCAACUCUGAAGAGGAUGGCGUCGUGCCUGGCGUCCAGCGUGCCGACGGGCGGCGAGGGGCGGCCAACGCAUCUCGUGAGGUUCCUGUCCGCGUCGGGUUGUGCCUUGCCGGUGCGGCCUCCCGUGACGUCUUUCGGUGGCCCGGCAAAGGGGGGCGGCGGUUGACGAGUCGUGCCCGCGGUGGCAUACAACGUGAAGCCGAAAACGAUGCGAGAGGGAAGCCGUCGUUGCAUGAAGUUGGUGUCGCAUUUGGUUUUCACAAUUUUGACAUAAGAAAUCCAAUUCCUUUGGGCAA